ACGCAUCCGCACGUGACAUUGCCACCGGCCGUCUCAUUUUCACAUAGCACAAGACGUUUCGAACUCUUCAAAUCCAAAAAAGAAACCGUCGCACGCUGUCAACUUCUUCUCUGCUAAUUCUCUCAAAGUAUGGCGGAUUGGGGACCUGUAGUGGUCGCUGUGAUACUAUUUGUGCUUCUGACUCCGGGACUUCUCUUUCAGAUUCCGGCGAGAGGUCGAGUCGUCGAAUUUGGGAAUAUGCACACAAGCGGAGCAUCGAUUCUUGUACACACCAUCAUUUACUUCGGUCUCAACACCAUCUUCACCAUCGCUAUUCGUCUCCACAUAUACACCGGUUAAUGCUACCCUAACGAAUUUGUAAUUUUUUCCGGUUGUCUGGUCUUCGUACCGGUUUGUUUUAAAAUGUAAUAUUCGUCCUCUGGUUUUGUUUAUAAUUUGCGGUGUCUGGUGUAAACGCACAUCUUUGGAAUAUGUGAAUCUGAAUAUGCAUUAAGUUUAAAUAUUCAGAAUCUGCCAUGUUUGAUUCUCGGAUUGA